AUUAUAGCAUUGCUCAUAUACGUAGUAUAUGAAUUCUUUGACCCGUCCUUAACCAACUAAACAUUUAAAAUACCUUGCUUUAUAGUAGGCCGUUUAGUAUCAAAGCUAUUUUGAUCUCAACCAAGAAAAAAAUUAAUACAAAAAAAUGGCUAAGAAAAUAAGUUGGUCUUCGAUAAUAUUCUCAAUCUAUACGCCAAUUAUCAUAUUGAUGAUUUCCAAAUCAACAAGUGCUCAAACCUACGAUUGCGGCUCAAACACUACAAUCUUUGCUAACAAUAGCCAAUACGAAGCUAAUCUCAACACCCUCUUCCGUUAUCUCUUAUCCAAUGCAACCGACCCAAACGGCUACCAUCAAGCGGUUUCUAACAAUGGCGAGCCUAUUUACGGUCACUUCCUUUGUCGCGGGGAUUUGAACGCUAGCGCAUGCCAAACGUGUGUUGGCAAUGCCACGACAAUUGACCUCCCUAUAAACUGUCCUAAUCGAAAAAUUGCACUUGUAUGGCGAGAUGAGUGCAUAGUAAGAUACUCGAAUCAGUCGUUUUUUGGUAGAUUGGACUCGAACCUCAUGAUGUUGUUGUAUAAUACGGCUAAUGCAACAGGGAAUACAACACGGUUUGAGGAACUUCUGGGUAACAUGAUGAACAACGUGAUUGCAAACCGAGCUCCCAGUGGAGGAUCACAGAAGAAAUUUGCAACGGAUUUUGUAAAUUAUACGACAUUCCAAACGAUAUAUGGGUUGGGUCAGUGUACACCGGACUUGAGCCCUACUGAUUGUUACACAUGCUUGGCAAAUGGUAUUGGGCAGUUUCAUUUGAAUCGAGGUGCACAAGUAAUGCAGCAUAGCUGCGUUGUCCGAUAUGAGAUGUAUCCUUUCUUCAAUUUGUCGUCGGUGGCCCCACCACCUCAACCGUUGCCACUACCUCCACAACAGUCACCCACCGGUGAUUCCAACCAAUCUAGUGGGAAGAAAAUCUCAACAAAUGUGAUUAUCGCCAUUGUUGUUCCCAUUGUGGGUAUCUUAGUGGCAUUACUGGCUAUCGGGAUUUGUUAUGCCAAAAAAAGGAGAACCAAGACUCGUGUGGUUUCUGAAACUGGUGAUGACUUCACAACCGUCGAGUCCUUACAAUAUGAUCUAACGACGCUUCAAUCUGCAACAAAUAACUUUUCAAUAGAGAACAAAUUGGGUGAUGGUGGAUUCGGUAGUGUCUAUAAGGGUACACUAUCAAAUGGGCAGAAAAUAGCAGUAAAGAGGUUGUCUCUAAACUCUAGUCAAGGAUUACAAGAAUUCAAAACUGAGGUUUUACUAGUAGCCAAACUUCAACAUAGGAAUUUGGUGAGGCUAUUGGGAUUCUGUUUCGAUGGGCAAGAAAAGUUACUGGUUUAUGAAUAUGUGCCCAACAAGAGCCUUGACAAUUUUCUUUUUGAUCCUGAAAAUCGAGGACUACUGGACUGGGGUACACGUUACAAGAUUAUAGGAGGGAUAGCGCGAGGAAUGCUAUACCUCCAUCAUGACUCUCAACUAAGAAUUAUACAUCGAGAUCUUAAGGCUAGUAAUAUAUUGUUGGAUGUCGAUAUGAACGCAAAAGUUUCAGACUUUGGUAUGGCAAGGAUAUUUGUAGUGGAUCAAAGCCAAGGAAACACAAGCAGGGUCGUUGGAACAUAUGGUUAUAUGGCUCCAGAAUAUGCAAUGCAUGGACAAUUUUCUAACAAAUCAGAUGUAUAUAGUUUCGGUGUCUUAGUCUUGGAAUUAAUUAGUGGCAAGCGAAACAGUUCAUUUUAUGAAACAGGAGAAGCAAUGGACCUUUUAAGCUACGCAUGGAAGCAAUGGAGAGAUGGUAUGCCUUUGGAAUUCGUUGAUCCAAUGAUAAGAGACUCAUGUUCGUUGGACGAAGUUAUGAGAUGCAUACAUCUUGGCUUAAUAUGUGUUCAAGAAAUUCCAGAUGAUAGACCUACUAUGGCAACAGCAGUCCUUACACUAGACAGUUUCUCCGUUACACUACCGGUACCUGAAGCUCCGGGUUUCUUCAUAAAGAGUAGAGUGGACUCAAAUUUUGCUAAGGAUAUUGGUUCAGAUCAAUCAUCAGGAAAAUCAGCACGUUGGUCAGUCAAUGAUGUCUCAAUCUCCGAACCUGAACCACGGUAGUAGGGAAAAGGUUGAGAAAGAUAGGUUGUUAAGACUAAUUAAUUGUCAUUCUCAAGCCUUAAAAUUUGUCAACAGGUUCUUAUACACAUAUUCUUAAACAUAGUAUUUAUUUUUUCCACGUUAUUGAUAUAGCUACACACUUUUAGUACUAUACUGUUGUUAAUCUAAACAUGCUUUGGUAUUCUUAAGCAAUUUUAAUCAAUUGUAUAUUACAAUUUGUAGAUGAUUAGGUGACUCGAACAAUAUUGCAGCCUUCCACUGCCCAACCGUGCAUGCUAUGCCCUGGCAGACCGGGCGGUGAGGACUUGCAGUGCAAAGUACCUCUAUUUAGAAGUUGCUUCGCACGUCCGACCGGGCACUCAAUGCCCGGUCUGACCGGGCGGAUGAAGAAUAUGAUAGAGACGCGGUUUUUUGCGGAAGUUAGAGUUAUCUUAUUUUCUUUUUUUAUCUUGGAGCCCAAGUAUCUUUUAUUUAGGGAUUAAUAUAAAACCUUCCUUUUAUUAGUGUUAGGGUAAUGAGAGGGUACAAAGAGCCGUUCUUGAGAAAGACUUGAUUCAUCUUUGUAAUUCUUUGCAGUUUAUAGUGAAAUCUUUGAUCUCGGUGCCGGUGGAUGUAGUUAUCACAUUGAUAGUGAACCACGUUAAUUCUUGGUGUGUUGUU